AUGCCCAAAUCAAUCCUCCUCAUCAACGGCCCAAACCUCAACCUCCUGGGCACUCGCGAGCCCCACAUCUACGGCCACACGACUCUAUCAGACGUUGAGAACAGCAGCCGCGAUGUCGCAGCCAGCCACAACGCAAGUCUAGAGUCUUUCCAGUCAAACCACGAAGGCGCAAUCGUGGAUCGCAUCCAAGCAGCGCGCGGCAAGGUCGACGGCAUCAUCAUCAACCCAGGUGCCUACACGCAUACAUCCGUCGCGAUCCGGGAUGCGUUGCUGGGAAUUGAGGUUCCUUUCAUCGAGCUCCAUGUGAGCAAUGUUCAUGCCCGUGAGCCGUUUAGACAUCAUUCCUACUUUAGUGAUAAGGCUGCUGGCAUUAUUGUUGGACUUGGAGUCCAUGGGUAUAAGGUUGCUGUUGAGCAUGUUUGUUUGAAUUUCAAGGAGUUGGAGAAGGCUGGGCUUAAGUCUGCUCUUUGA